CGCCCGCACGCUCGUCUUCGUCGCCGACCGCCGCCUCGCGCACCGCCUCCUCGUCCAGGGCGGCGCCACCUUCGCGGACCGCCCGCCACCCGUUGACCCAAACAGCCUCUUCAGCGCCGGCGGCCGUGAUGUCAGCUCCUCGCCCUACGGCGCAUACUGGCGCCUCGUGCGCCGCAACCUCGCGGGCAGAGGCGCUGCAGCCCGCCCGCGUCGCCCUCUUCGCGCCCGCCAGGCGGUGGGCGUGCGACGGCCUCGUCGACAACCUCCUCCGUCGCAGUCGUCGGAGCGACGCUGGCGCUGGCGCUGGCGCUGCCGGAGACGACGCCACUACCGUCACGCUGAGGCCGUUCCUCCGCCGCGCCAUGUUCGAGCUGCUAGUGUACAUGUGCUUCGGCGUGCGGCUGGGCCAGGACACGCUCGACGAGAUCGAGGGGCUGCAGCACCGGGCGCUCCUGACGCUCACCACCUUCCCGAUCUUCGCCUUCUUUCCCGCAGUCACCAAACGGCUCUUCCGCAGCCGGUGGGAGGCCAACGUCGCGGUGCGGCGGAGGCAGGACGAUCUGUUCGUCCCUCUCAUCCACGCCAAGGCCACGCGCGGGAACGACGACGGCGACACCAGCGCCAGCCCGCCGAGCUACGCGGACACGCUCCGCGCGCUGCGAGUGCCCGAGGAGGGCGACCGCCCGCUCACGGACGCCGAGAUGGUCAGCCUCUGCUCCGAGUUCCUCAACGGCGGGACGGACACGACGGUGACGCUGGUGGAGUGGAUCAUGGCGGAGCUCGUCAACCACCCGGACGUGCAGGCCAAGGUGCACGAGGAGGUCAUCAGGUCGCCGUCGUCGUCCAAGCUGGCAGACCACGGUGGCGAUGACAUCCAGGUCGGCCAGGCGAUGCCGUACCUCAAGGCCGUGGUGCUGGAGGGCCUUCGCCUGCACCCGCCGGGCCACUUCGUGCUCCCGCAUGGCGUGCAGACCGACGGCGCCGACGUCGGCGGCUACACGGUGCCCAGGGGUGCGGAGCUGAACUUCCUGGUGGCAGAGAUCGGGCGUGACGAGACGGUGUGGACAAAGGCGCGGGAGUUCCGGCCGGACCGGUUCCUGGACGGCGGGGAGGGCUGCGGCGUCGACAUCACCGGCAGCCGGGAGAUCAAGAUGAUGCCUUUCGGCGCCGGGCGGCGCAUGUGCCCCGGCUACUCGCUCGGCGUCCACCACGCCGAGUACUUCGUGGCGAGGAUGGUGCGGGACUUGGAGUGGCGCCCGCCGGUGGACGGCGUGGCGGUGGAAAUAGCGGAAGCGCUGGACUUCACCGUCGUCAUGAAGCAGCCGCUCCGUGCACGCAUCAUCGCCAGAUAUUAGCUCCAUGCGUGGUAUUCUGCUGGGGAUAAGAUAAGCUACUAUUCUGUUACAUCAGUAUCCCUUCGUGGAUGUACUACUAAUCUGUUGGCGAUGCUUGAUGCUUCCAAGAGCUGGAGUAGAAUACAUGUAGCUACACCGUUUACUAAUUACCCUACUAAUAUAUACAACUACACCUUUUACCAAUUAUAAU